AUGAUCGCCAGAGAUCGAGCAGAAAAGAAUCAGCCGCGCGGUGAUUCGUCGAGCGUUCCAGCGAGCGAGGAGAAGGAAGUGCCGAGACGCCGCGAGAGAAAAGGCGCUUUACUUGCGGUACAGGGCGAAGGUAACGAGAGGAUGAUACGGUCGGCCAAAACUCGCGCGUGGGACGAGCUUAUCGGCACGAUGGACCGCGACGCCUGGGGAAGGCCAUACUGGCUGGUGCUCGGAAAACUCCGAUCGAGGAAGCCCCCAGCGACGGAAGCCCUGGACCGAGUAAAUGAAGAAAAUGGAAUUCAAAAUGAAUUAUUGUUUGAUGAUCUGUCGGAUAUACCAAGUAACACUUCAAGUGAAAAUGAACUUAGUGAUAUAAUAGCAACAUUCUUGACAUAA